AGAUGGCUAAUUACUGAAUGCAGAGUGGUCUGAGUUUCGGCAUUUGCAGUCAUAAAUUGCUGAAAAUAUGAUAUGAUAGGGCUAGAAUAAUCAUUAAAAAUAGGAGAAAAAAAUCAAAUAUGAAUAAAAUGGAAGUACAGUAUACAAAUAUGAACAUGAUUUUUCCACCUUACUGUAGGUUUAAUUUAAUUUCAAAAAAUAACAUUUUAUUUUAUGAUUUAUUGUUUGUAUUUUGAAUAAUGGUGGUGCCAAAGUUUUUGAAGCGCUUAGGGCCUCUAAAGGUCUUAAUCUGGCACUAAUGAUAACACAGUACCUGGAAAUCACUAGUUUUUCUUUUUCUGAAUUGGUUUGCUGCUUUCUUUUGAAGGUUGGGUCAAUAAAAUUGGAGGGUUUUCUCCCAAAUACAAUGGCAUUAAAGGCAGCAGUUGGGGGCAGUUCAUGGAUGAUUUUCCAUCUAAAAUUAAUUGGGAGAAGAUCUUGAGUUUUGAGGGCAUAGAAAGAUGUAGCAAUGCUUUCUCCAUUCCUGACUAAGUAUCAAGCCAGGAGCAUGGGGUGCUAAUGUGUAUCAGAUAUUGGCAUGGUGGCAUUUUGAAUAUUUGUUUUCGGCAGUGAUUAGGAAGUUAUGGGCUGCAUAAAAAUAAACAAAUUCCAGGAACAUUAUUCGGUAAUAUACGGGUUCUAAAAUAUUGUUUGUUGCCCUUUUUCUUGUUUCAGUAGUUGGGUAGAAAUGAAAAGCGGUACUUUCUUCUUCACCCAGGAAGAUGUAAAAUAAUUAUUUAUAUUCUAAUACAAAAGUGAUGCAUGAGCAUAGCACACAUUAUAGGAAAGGCUUUCACUUGCAAGCACAAUUGGAAUUAAAAGCAUGUUUUUUCCUGGGUUUUAAAAAUAUGUCGUAAGACACACUUAAGUCCUUAUUUAUCGUUUCAAAUUGUGUACACAUGCAUUCGCCCUUGGUGUUUGGAUAAUCACAAUGGACUAUAACAGACAAACAUGUUCAGGCAACUGUGAAUGAAAUACACAAACAUUUCCUUGGUAACGGGUGCGACCGUUUCUGUUACCUUGGCAGGUUUUUCUGUGUCUAUAGAUAAUUAUUUCAAAAGAACACCUGAUUUGUUUUAGCUCCUGUGCCACAGUCACAGUGUGGUUUACCUUUUGAUUUUUUGAGACUUCAGAUUUACAUUGGGUUUGAUUUUCUUUAUUAUUAUUUUUACCUCACUUAGAGUCAUCAGGAUGACAACUACCACAACUUACCCCUUCCCUUGUGAACAGGUCUGGGAAGAACCUACAACCCUUUCAAAGAAAUGGAGCUGCAGGAUCAGAAAGAAGCAAGAGCUGGAAGAACUGGGUGAGAAGGAUGAGUCUGAACUAGAUAUUUAUCCAAGUCAUCUGGGAAGAGAAGAAAGUGUCCUGGAAGAAAGUGCCAAUGACCAGGAAACAGUGUGUGAAGAGGAAAGCACAAAAAGUGUGUGUUCCAGUGCUGUUACAAAGAAGAAGAGGAAAAAAAAGAGGUUAGAAAUGAGCUCUAAAAGGGCUUGUGACGUCUGGCUGGGGUUGGGAGAAGACAAUUCCAAUGCUCUUGGAAACAGAUGAUGGAUUAUAGAGAGGCUGGCAACUGUUUAUGGUGCGAAUGAGAAAGGGGAAGUGGUGCGAGAUUUAUGUAAUGGAAGAGAGCCAGGGGAGAAGAAAUGGUUGAACUAAAGAGUGUGUAUAUUCAGGAAUUCCUCCUGCUCAUUCCUGCAAUCUAUCCCAAAGACUCAGGAUGUACCUCGCUAUAUCUCCCCCCUCGCCUCCAACCUUAUGAGAAAAUCUUAGGGCAAAAGACAUUGACUAGACAAGGUUUCCUUGUGAGUUUCCUGACUAUUUGAAUUUAAGCACAUCAUUUUAAAAAUGUCUACUGAAUCAAACCAAGGAUCUCUUUGGUCCAAUAUCUCACUUCUUACAGUAGCUAAUCAAAUGCCUCUAGGAAGCACUUAAGCAGGUUAUGAGUCCAGUAGCCUCCUCCACCUGUUGUUUUCCAGCAACUGGUGUUCAGAGACAGGCUGCUUUUAAUCCUAGAAGUAUCAUACAGCUAUCAUGACUUGUACACUUACAUGUACCAUAAUCCAAAUUCAACAAUCCUUUAGUUCUGUUUUGUAUAUAAAUCAAAUGUAUACUUUCGAUGUAAGGCAAAAACUCCCAGUCUGUCUAGGGCCAACUUUUGCAAUCUAGUUGCAUGCCUGUCUGGCCUUACAGAAAUUUCUCUACAUUUCACUGUCAAGUGAAUCGUACUGCUUGUGAUUCACCUGAUAUCUCCUUGUCCAGUGCUGUGGGAAAGAAUGUGCUCGUUUAUUCUGUAGCUGCAUUGAUCAAGAAGUUGCUUUUGAUUGUGGCAGUCCUUUUCAGUAUUAACAUCAGACUACAGUUGUGGUACUAUUUGGUCUGAGAGGAGAACAAGCCAGAGAAAUGGGGAAAGAGAUGCAACAUCCAGAUUAAUGGAAAUAUCCUAGAUUUUGUCUUGGUUUCUAAUUUUAUAGUGGGUUAAAUUAAGCCAGUCUUGGGAGAUCAUACUGGGAGCUGACAAGAAGAAUAAACAAAAUAUGUUUGGAUUUCCAGAAUAAAAUUGGAAAGAACAGGAGUAAAAUCUAGGAUUUUUUGGUCUUUUUAAUUUGUCUAAGUUUGUCCUUGGCUAGUUGCUGAUUCAGAGUUUAAAAAUUCUCAAGGCAGUAUCAUUACAUGUAUACAGAAAGACUCUAGUAGUAAAAUGUGCUAAACCAAAAAGAGGUUUCCAGAUGAGCAAUGUCCCAUUUCAAGGCCUGAAACCUUUCUUUCAUUUAUUUGCUACCUUGGGUAUCUGACGUUGCUUGGGUUAUUUGAAAAAGUCAAUAAGGUUGUGGAUUAACUACAACUGAAAUCAUGCCAGGUUAACCCCGAAAAAGUCCAUCAGUACUUUAAGUUUGUUAUGUUGGCAAGUUUGCUCUAGAUGCAUCAUCGGUGAGGUUCAGUGUGCUCUCUGGCUGUAAGGUAAACUACAACUCUCACUAUGGCGAGUCAGUCUCCUCAAACCCCUCCAGUAGGCUGAGUUAAUCAUGGGGGUUCUGUGUGCCAAGUUUGGACCAGGUCCAUCAUCGGUGGAGGUUACAGUUUCUCUGGCUGUGGGUGAACUACAAUUCCCAGAAAGGAAGGUCAGUUUUCCCCAAACCCCUCCAGUAAUCAAUUUUUGGUAUAUCAGGUAUGUGUGCCAAGUUUGGUCCAGAUUUAUCGGUGCUUGAGUUCACAGUGCUCUCUUGGGAUAAAUUUAUCCCAAAAUCCUUCAGUAUUUUUUGCUGGUCAUGCGGGUGCUGUGUGCCAAGUUUGGUCCAAUUUCAUCUUUAGUGGAGUUGAGAGUGCUCAUUGAUUACAGGUGAACUAUACACCCCAGUACCUACAACUCCAAAACAUCCAGGCUAUUUCCCCUCAAAACCCACCAGUAUUCAAAUUUGGGCAUAUUGGAUAUGCAUGCCAAGUUUGAUCCAGAUCCAUCAUUGUUUAGGUUCAUAGUGUGCUCUGGAUGUAAGUAAACUACAGCUCCUAUAAAUCCCUCCAAAAACCUCCAGUACUUUUUUUUCUCUGUCCAAGUUAGUUCCAGGUCCAUUGUUGGUGGCAUUCAGAAUACUCUUAGAUUGCAGCUGAACUAUGCAUCCCAGUACCUACAACUCCUAUAAAUCUUGGUGAAUUCUCCCCAAACCUCUCUAAUAUGUUCAGUUACUGAUAAAUUCCUCUGUUUGCUGUGUGCCAUAGAAAAGAAUAGGAAAGGGUUAUGGGAGAGGCAGUGGACGGGGUCUUGCAAAUUCCACUCUAAUGGAGAGAGUCAGAAACAGUGGGAUGUCUAUGGUAGAGGAAAAACAGAAAAUUUAGGAUGAAAUUGUCCUUGUAUGAAAGCCUUCACUUGGGUGAUGGGCUCUUGUACAUGUUUACAGCACUCUCUAUAACCUGCGAUGUCAUUAGAGGGAGGGCCUUUGGUGGCUCAUCAUUGGUGGGGGUUAUAGCUGUUUGUGGAAGAGGGUGUUUGUCAGUGGAAGUGGGAAUCACAGCCACACACAUACAUAUUUUCCCUUUUAUUAUGUGUAUAGAUUUAUUAUUUAAAGUAUUGCCUCUUCGUCCAAAAGGACUCCUGAGGCAAUGAAUGAAUAAAAACCAAUUAAAACAAUAGAGAUAAUAUAUUUUAAAAGCACAUUAAAAUUCUUUUUAAAAACUUUUAGCAGAAGUUGACCAUAGAAUUGCACUGGAGGUACUAAACAUUUCUAGAGUGUUAAAAAAAGAAAGAAAAAAGUUUUUAGUUUGUCAUUUUCCCACUUUUUGUGGUGGCCCUUAGCCCCUUUGAAAGUGGAGGGCCUACUAUAUUCUUCAAGGGAUGAUUGCUGUACUCUGAACCUCAGCUCAAUAACUAAACACAUUUAAUUUUGGCCAUAUACAGAGUUCAUUGCUUUUCCUCUAUUUCCAACAUAUUCUGGAUGGCAAAAACUAUGGAGGGAAGCAACACUGUCUGUGGGUCCUCAUUUGAGUGCACAAGGUCCUUAGAAACUAAACCUAACUGGAAGAAAAAGAGUAGUAGCAACAAUCUGGCCAGCUGUUCUCAGCAAAGCAGAGUAAGGGAUAAUUGGAAUGUGGGCAUAUUCAAGGUCCUUCAAGGCACCCAAGGUUGAAGUAGGAUUUGAAAAAGCUAUAGCACUCUCCCGCUUCCAUAUUCCAUCAAUUCUUGGAGAGAACAAAGGUUAAAGAUCCAAAAGAUUCUGAUAUUCUUUGAGACCCCUUCCCUCUUGCCAUGACUUGGUUUUGCUUGUCUGCCUCUGUCUUUCUUCUUCUUUUUGUUUUUCAGAUGACCAGUGAUAAAUCUGACCAACUGCAAAUACGAGAGUGUGCGACGGGCAGCUAAAAUGUGUGGCCUCCGAGAGGCUGGUGAGCUUGAUGAUUGGACCCUGUUUUGGACAGAUUAUUCUGUCUCACUAGAUCGCGUGAUGGAAAUGAAAACUUACCAGAAAGUCAACCAUUUUCCUGGGAUGUCUGAAAUCUGUAGGAAGGACCUUCUGGCACGAAAUAUGAGCAGGAUGUUAAAGCUCUUUCCUAAGGAAUUUAACUUCUUUCCCAGAACCUGGUGUCUUCCUGCAGACUAUGGAGAACUGCAAGCCUUUGGCCGAUUAAAAAAGAGUAAGACUUACAUCUGUAAACCAGACUCUGGCUGUCAAGGCAGAGGCAUUUUUAUCACAAGAACUGUGAAAGAUAUCAAACCUGGAGAGGAUAUGAUCUGUCAACUCUAUAUCUCAAAGCCUUUUAUUAUUGAUGGGUUCAAGUUUGAUCUUCGAGUUUAUGUCCUGGUGACAUCAUGUGAUCCACUACGAGUAUUUGUUUAUAAGGAGGGCCUGGCACGCUUUGCAACAUCUGCGUACUCAGACCCAUCACAAAGCAAUUUGGAUGACGUCUGCAUGCACCUGACUAAUUAUUCAAUUAACAAGCACAGUGCUAAUUUUGUGCGAGACGAAGACUCUGGUAGCAAGAGAAAGUUGUCGACCUUUAACAAAUACAUGAAACAACAUGGCUAUGAAAUUGACAAGCUGUGGAAGGACAUUGAAGAGGUCGUUAUUAAAACACUGAUAUCGGCUCAUCCUAUCAUCAAACAUAACUACCUCACCUGCUUUCCCAACCACACCAUGUGGUGCGCUUGCUUUGAGAUCUUAGGAUUUGAUAUUUUACUAGAUCGAAAGCUGAAACCAUGGUUGCUUGAGGUGAAUCAUUCUCCAAGCUUUAGUACAGAUUCGUGGCUGGAUAGAGAAGUCAAAGACCAACUCUUGUAUGACACUCUGGUUCUGAUCAACUUGGGGGCAUGUGAUAAACGGAAAGUCUUGGAAGAAGAAAAACGGCGGGGAAAGGAGAGGCUUCUUAAGCAGUCCCGUAAUCAAGAAUCCAGAGCCGAGGAAAACAAGAGCUGCCAAGCUGCUUGGCUCCAGGAAACAGAAAAAUAUGAGGAAAAAAACACAGGAGGGUAUCGCCGAAUUUAUCCCAGUUCUGAUUCAGAAAAAUAUGAUAAGUUUUUCCAACAUAAUAAUUCACUCUUCCAAGAAACAGCAGCCUCCAGAGCACGUGAAGAGUACGCCAGGCAGCAGCUUCAGGAUCUACGUCUAAAGCAGGAGCAAAAAACAAUUAUGAUGAGAGAAAAGAAGGCUGAGCUGCAGGGAGAGUCUAAUGGAGAGAAGAUAAGGGCUGCCAGGCGCAAGGUGGCAGAAAGAACAAGGAUGGCGCCUACUUCUGCCCAGGUUUACACAGAGUCUAGCCCCAGGCCUACCUUUCUGCUUAAACGUUUUUCAGAUAUACCACAAUCUGAGGGAAAAGUGGAUUCUAAGAUUGGCCAUCAUGAGAAUCAUGAGUCAUGGAUCCCUGAAAAACUGCCUGUGAGACCUUACAGCUCUGUGCCUGACCUUAGCAGAGCGAACUCAUCCAAUACACCAGAACAGUAUGAUUCCAAUCCAGAACUGAGGGAUAGCAUUAGUUGUCAUCACUCUGCAACAGACAUGAGCAUGAAACCUACACUAUCAAGUGAAUAUUCAAAACCGUGUGAUAAACAAAGCCCAUGUCCUCACAAACAUUUUCCAUCAAUGGCCCGUCCUCGUGCGAAGAGUACAACACCAGCAAGCAUGGCUUGCCGGAAUGUUCUGACUAUUAAAAGCUUUCGUCCAUUUGGAGAGGAGUCCUUCCAGUUUCAUUUUAGAGGACGUGCACCCUCCUCCUCCUCUGCUGAACAGGCAGCGGGAAUUAAAUUAUCUGAGAAUGAACAAGAGAAGAAAUCCAUCUUGAUCUCAGAGUUCUUCAGCAAGCUGAAUCGCAUACCAGUGGAGAAAAACUUCAAGCUUCUCUUGCAAGGGCGCUCUCAUCACCUCACCAACCGAGCACAAAGUGCUUCUCUCCCAAGAGAAAUUCUGGACAACAGGACGGCUUCUAGCAGGAGGUCGAGAAAGUACUACAGUAGUCACAUCCGUGCUCAACAGCAAGUGGUUCAACAGCAUAGUUUGCAGGACCUUCUGAUGGUCUCACGGAUGAAGAACCAACCCCAAAGAACCAACCCUCCAAUAUUGGGAAAUAGUGCUGUGAAGAGGGUCUGAUCAAAUCCUCCAGAAGUACAGGCAUACUGACUUAUUUGAACUGUUCAGCUAUAGUGUACUAUCCAGUACAAUCCUAUACAAUGCAGCAGAGAACUUUGACUUGUAAGAACAUUGUGUCUUUUAGGGUAAAUAGACCUCGGGGUAUUGGGAGUAUCUGGCUUUCAGCUCCCUGCAGAAUGGUGUGGCUGAUGUUUUGCAUAUGGAAACAUUAUUUCUCCUGCAUCUCUAAGAAGACACAUGGUGCAUUCAGCCAGUUUCAGAUACCAGAUAAUGUCUGCAUUGUCCCAAUCAUAUACUUCUCUAGAUCUUCAGAAAGGAUGGAGUCGUGCCACUGUACUUUGCAAAUGGAAUCCUAAGGACGAAAUGUGAUACGACAUGGGGCUGCAUGUAUCUCAUUGAUUUUGUUUUCUAGUGGAAAUCAUCUUCAAAGGUUACAGCAAGAAACAAAGUUGUGCAGGAGGAGAUAUAUUUAACUGCCCCCCAAUCUGUUUUGUUAAAAGUUCUUCCUGGUUGGUUUUAUAUUUACAGGGAGAAAGCUACAUGUUGUGCUUCUCUGUGAUGAAAAACAGCAGCUAAGGAGGAGCAGCUUUCACAGCUGCUUAAAAAAAAGAAAUCAGGAGAAAGAUUCAUUGGGUUGCAUGUCAUCUCUUGUUAACUGUAUACUUCUCACAUUUUUCAAAAUAGUUCAUGCUAAUAAAUCUAGAGAUUGCAAAGAACAAGCAGUUCAGAGGUUGAGAAAAUAGAUUAGCUUUCCUUCCUGGAAUAAAAAGUCCGGUACAUCUUUGGAUUAUAUUGUCUCUAGCUGUAAAAUAUUUGCUCAAGAUCCUCUUGACAGAUUUGUUACAACAGAUAUUGUUGCUGUUAAUUUUAUCUCCCCUUCUAUUCCUGCCCUAUUCCCAUGCUUACAAUGCUAUUUUGCCAGGAAGAUGGGGUGGUGGAGUGCAUUUAAACAAUCUAUGGCAGAAAUGGUAUGCCAUAUUCUUGGCAUGAAAUAUGGGCUACUCAAGCGGGAAAAGGAGGCUGAAGGUGAUGAUUGCACAGAAGGGAGACUUUGGUAUUUGGGGCAAAGUCCCUGCAAUUGCUUGUUUAUGCAACUUUAAUGAAAGUUUAUAGUCAUUACUACUAGGAGUCAAGGGAUUGGGACUUCCUGGCAGGACUGAACCUUCCUGGCAGUGCAGAAGUGUGAUUGAGACCGUAAUAUUCAGAGCAGAAGAAAGCAUGGCAACAAUAAACACUUACUUUUCUCUGCAACAUCUCGGGCAUUGAUUCCACCUUUUUACAGCGUGUAGAAACUUAUGCUGGGAUCUGUGGUUCUUCCAGUUUGCUAAUGAACCUAUUGAUUUUUAUGGUAAUGAUUGUGUCAUGGGUUUCAACUGUAGGGGGCACUCCUCAUUACAGGAGUUAUGUUAACUAGGUCCCAUUUACUCUUGUGUAUAUAUUCUGAAGAGACAGGUUUAUAUAACUUCCUUUAUGCAGAGCAUGAUAUUUCUGGUCUUUUUUAAUUCUACCAAAUUUCCCCUUUCUUUAACUCAUGCUUCAUUUGUUUGCCAUGGCCUGUGUUCCAGUGCUUACUAUAAUUCCAUUGGAUCUGAGCCCACCUAAAUGACUCUUGUGGGAAUAAAAUCAUUUAGUAUGGGAAUAAAAUAUACAUGCAAGUUUCA